CACUUAUAUUGAAAUUCCUAGUGUCAUUCGUACGCGGGCUCUUGUGAUAAAUAGGUGCAAUUAUGGCUCUGUGGCUACUUUUCUUGAUCGGCCUUCUGUGGCCGUUGGUGUUUAGAUAUAGAAGAAGGCAUAUGUACAAGUUGGCGUCGGUGAUUCCCGCGCCCAGUACCGACAACCCAGUUUUAGGAAUAGCUCAUGAGUUAGCUGGCAACACUGAGGCCGCUAUACUUUGGCUGCUAGUAUAUCGGUUUAGAAGACGAAAUAUGUACCGUUUGGGGGCGCUCGUGCCUGGUUGUAGCAGCGAGAUCCCUCUUCUCGGCAUCACGCAUACUCUUGUAGGAAAUACGGAGGACAUUAUGACGACACUACAGAAAUACAGUUACGAAGCAAUGGAACACAAUGGGAUCAUUAAAGGUUGGCUCGGUCACAUACUUUAUUUUGUUUUGCUUAACCCAGUUGAUUUGGAAUUGGUUCUGAAAACUUGCAUGGAGAAAGAUGAUCUACACAGAUUUUUGAGAAAAAUUAUAGGAAACGGCGGUAUAUUUGCACCAGUGUCUAUAUGGAGGCGACGUCGUAAGGUUUUGGUGCCCGCCUUUAGUCCAAAAAUAGUGGAGAAUUUUGUAGAAGUUUUUUCUGAACAAAGCGACAAGUUAUCCAAACGAUUGAACACUUCUACAGGCAAAGGAACCUUCAGCAUAUGGCCAUAUCUGACCGCAUAUACUUUGGAUUCCGUAUGUGAAACGGCGAUGGGUGUCAAAAUAAACGCGCAAGAAAAUCCGGAUUCAACGUUUUUGAAAAACCUCAAUCGAUUGUUAAAUCUAAUCUGCGAAAGAAUUUUCCAUUUAUGGCUUCAACCGGAGUGGAUGUUCAAGCUAUUCCCGCAGUACAAAGAACAUGAGCGGUGUAUGAAACAACUACAUGACUUUACGGAUGAUGUUAUCAGAAAAAAACGAAUUGAAUUGGAAGUUGAACAAAAAAACAAGACAGAGGUGGAUUAUGAGUACGAUUUAGGAUUAUAUAAAAGGAAGACCUUCCUAGAUCUGUUGAUAACUCUCUCUGGUGGCAGCGAUGGGUAUACCAAUGAGGAACUGAGAGAAGAAGUUUUAACUCUGACUAUAGCCGGAACUGACACUUCAGCGGUCGCAUUAGGUUUCACUCUCAAACUUCUAGGAAAAUAUCCAGAAAUUCAGGAGAAAGUGUACCAAGAGUUACGUGACGUGUUCGGUGAUACAGAUCGGCCUUUGGUAAAAGAAGACUUAACAAAGAUGAAAUAUCUUGAGAGGGUGGUGAAGGAAUCGUUGAGGCUAUUUCCCCCUGUGCCUUUUAUUAUUAGAAAAGUUUUGGAAGAUAUAAAGUUGCCAUCCGGCCACGUCUUGCCAGGUGGGUCAGGGAUUGUGAUAUCAAUAUGGGGUAUUCACCGAGACCCUAAGUAUUGGGGUCCGGAUGCGGAGCACUUUGACCCUGACAGAUUCCUGCCUGAACGGUUUAAUUUGGCGCAUGGAUGUAGCUACAUGCCGUUCAGUAGUGGACCUAGAAAUUGCCUUGGAUACCAAUACGCCCUGAUGUCGGUGAAGGCAGCUCUAUCAGGUAUACUACGGAAUUACAAAGUAGUUGGAAAAGUGGAAGACGGCCCUGUUCCUAAGAUCAGAGUGAAACUCGACAUCAUGAUGAAAGCGGUAGACGGGUAUCAAUUGGAGUUGGAAAAAAGAGCCACGAAGGCUGCGUAAUGCCAUGUAAAUAUUUGCCAGAGUUUCUAUGUUAUAGUGACUACAAGAAACAGUUAGGCAGGGUAGAAGAGUUACUUCUACUUGUAAUGUUUUUUUAUUCUUAUAUAUAUAUAUUAUUCUGACAUUGUAAAGCGACUCCACUGUACCUGAUGGUAAGAAGUGUGUGGAUAGAGUAUCCAUUGACGAAAGAUGAUUUUCGUUAUCAGUCAACACAAUAAUGCCGGCCUGUUCGAUUGUUUGACAAAAUACCUAUAGGGUUUGGCGAUUAAAACAAUUUCCGCACAAGUUAAUCUAGUUACAUCCUGAAGAUUUUAGGGUGGCUUUAGUCGGUACUAUAUAUUUACCAAUGAUUAUUGUAUAUAUAUGUUUAGUAUACAUACGUCUUUUUAUCUUGGUGUAUGAAUUAUCAAUCAUAUAAAGUAAAAGUUGGAAUAAAAUUAAUAAAUCGAUCCUAUUUUAUUUAUUCCUCUGUAUGUUAUAGAUAGGGUAACCAUUUCUGUGAUUAGUAUACUACAGUAUGACUAUGUACUACUUUAAUUAAAUUAUUAUAAUAAUAUUAUGAUCACAAUAUUCUAGUACCAUACAUAAGGAUACUGGAAUAGUGAGGAUCUUCAAAAACUAUUGAAAAUGAUCUAUGUUUUAUAUUAAAGCAAAUAAGAUCUUUAUGAUAAAUUAAUCCAUUAUUGGCACAUUUUUAUUUUAACAUAUAAAGAACAGCAGCCUUAGAAUUGAACUAACAUAAUCCAAAAAUAAGUUAUUUUUGGGAAAUUGAUAAAACGUAGUCUGAGUUUUGUUCAAUGCUAGGUUUAGAACCUAAAAGUUUGGGUUAGGUUGAAUUCUGAAGCUACGAUAUAUUAUUAUAUUCAAGAUUUUUUUCACGAUGUUUGAGUAAAUGCCAAUCUUGGAAUAUAAUAUGGAGCGUCAAAAUACAAAAGUCAUCCCAAAUAAAUAGUAAGUAAUUGAGUACUAUAUGCAGUACGAUUACUGUAUGCAUUAUCUCUUUUAUACGUUAACCGGCGGAUAAAAUGAACUCGUGAAACAGGCAUUAAAAGUAAAAAGUAAUAUGGAAGUAACUUAUUCCAAAAACUUCAUUCAUUGUACAUAUUCAAUCAUGUUACUAUGUAUGUGAUAAAAAACGUCUUUAUUAUGUGUAAUUUGUGUAAGGAUUUUUAAAUUGUUAUUAAAUCGAGAUUUAAA